GAAGACACAUUGCUUCCAGAAAGUCCUGCUGCUGCUUUGAUUCUUCAUCACAAGAUGAAAUUCAUCCUUUUUACUUUGUUCCUCUGUGGAUUCAUCCUGGAAAUCAAUGCAGAUUUUCUCACCCCAAGAGUUCUUCGUGUGGCAUGUGAGGAAUCAUUGGCUGAAAUAUGGUGUGAACAUGGGACAAUAUAUCUGCUGAGUGCUAAAUAUGGACGUAGUGACCAGACGACGUGCUCUUAUGAGAUACCUUACGACAAGAUAAAGAAUACUGGUUGUUCUACGAGGGCAGAUUAUGUGUUUCAGAACUGUGAUGGGAAAUCGGAGUGCAGCUUCUUAGUCAGUAGUUCUCUGUUCGGAGAUCCCUGUCCUGAGACCUACAAGUACGUGGAGGUGCUAUAUCGUUGUGAAAGUGAGUUUAUGGUUUAAUUUCAUUAAUAUCUU